AUAACGAUCGUGACCGUCAUGUUUUGCUGCCCGUCGUGUCAAAUACAGACGUCUCGAACUUCGAAUGUUUCGUUUUUUCUGAUCCUUUUUAAACAAUGCUGCACCGGAUUAUCUUCUUUCUCAACAAUUAAUAUCAUUUUCAUUUGAAUCUGAGAACUCUACACCCAAUCAAUCUUUAAUUUUCACGUGUGUUGGACGUAACCUCAAUUGCCCGUGAGUGCACAUGAAUGGAGAAGAAAACAAAACAAAUAUGGAUGACGAACGGAAACCAAACAUUAUUUUCCAUCCCAUUAUUUCUUCGAUACAAAAAAUCGCACUUUACGAAACAACAUCCCGUUUCUAUUUGAUGGGCUCGAACAAUACUCUGACGCGUUUUCGUGUAUUGAAAAUUGACCGCACAGAGCCUAGAGAGCUAACGGUGGUAGAUGAUAAAAUUGAGUAUACUCAAGAUGAAAUAAAAGACUUGGUGAACAUGAUAGACAUGGGAAACAGAAACCGUGCUGGUCAGAGGAGCAAAACUGGAGGCGUCGCAAAAGUUGUGUCAGCUUUUGGAAUCAUGGGCAGCGAUAAUAAUGCAGCAGAAGAUGUCGGAGAAGAUGCGAACGGUGAGCAGGCGAAAAAUCAUGAAGAACAACGGACACAGACGAAUCUUCACAGGCCGACUCAAACCAGGUUCACGUGGAAGACAAUGUGGCAACGAGACUCUUUUCCCAGAUUAGUAGCGGCUUUCGGCCUUGUCGGUUUCGUUCGUUUUCUCGAAGGAUACUACAUCAUUUUAGUAACAAAACGUCGAAAAGUAGCGGUCAUAGGACACCAUACGAUUUACAAGAUCGAAGACACUUCGAUGAUUUACAUCCCAAACGACGCAGUCCGUUACUUUCAUCCGGAUGAGCAAAGAUACGUGAAAAUGUUUCAAAGCAUUGAUCUGAGCAGCAAUUUUUACUUCAGUUAUUCGUACGAUCUGAGUCACACGUUGCAAAGCAACAUGGCUCCUCCGAAACACAUAAAAACAGAUCUGCCAGAUUGUUUAAAAAAACAACAUGGGACUGCUGUUACAGCUGCCGCCGAAGAGGGGGACGAAAAUGCUGAUGAUUUUUUCAAUAUGUGGGCGUUUCGUAAGAGUUGGGAGAGAAAUGGUUACGGAGAAAAAUCUAUAGAUUAUGCAGUCCGUAGUAACCCGCACCGGCGUUUCGUGUGGAAUUCCUAUCUGCUGAGUUGCGUUGAGAAAGAUCUACAUCCCGAUUGGAUCUUGUACGUGACCCAUGGGUUUAUCGGCCAAUCGAAUGUCAGCAUUUUCGGUAGAUCAAUUUACAUAACUCUUAUUGCCAGAAGAAGCAACAAAUACGCGGGUACAAGGUUUUUGAAACGGGGAGCAAAUUUUGACGGCGAUGUGGCGAACGAAGUCGAAACCGAACAAAUCGUUCACGACUCAGCCGUCAGUUCUUUUCACGCAGGACGCUUUAGUUCUUUCGUACAAAUGCGCGGCUCGGUCCCCGGCCAUUGGAGUCAAGAUCUUACGAAAAUGGUACCGAAACCAACGAUAAGCUGCGAUUUGACUGACCCGUUUGCCGAAACUCCAGGUGCUCAUUUCAACGAGCUUUUGAAAAGAUAUGGCUCACCGAUUAUAAUUCUGAAUCUUGUGAAAAACCGAGAAAAAAAAAAGCACGAGAGCACCCUCAGCGACGAACUGAACGCAGCGGUUAAAUAUCUCAAUCAGUUUUUGCCACCGGAGCACCACAUUCAAUACAUAAGUUUCGAUAUGGCGCGAGUUAACAAGGGUAAAGAAGCAAAUGUGAUGGGUCGCCUGGCCAACAUCGCGAAUAACGCUGUUAUGAAAACCGGAAUCUUUCAGUCCCAGGAUCCGUAUUACAAUGAAAAGAAAUUCUUCUCGUCGUUGGGAAGUACGAGGAAGCCUCCGAAAACGGAGUGCAGUCCGAGCGAAUAUCAGGACACAAAAUUACUGGGUUCAAAUGAGGUUCGGAAUAAAAUUAUUCACGGGUCAAGAGCCAAUCGAAACGAUGAUAGCGUCGUUUCAGUCUCGGGGGUUGCGGGAGCGGCGGCAAUGUCGGCGUUGCUGACGCGCGACGAAAAUGAGCGUGUUGAGAAAGUGAGAGAAUUUUUUGCGGAAAGGGGCACGCUUCAAACUGGAAUAAUUCGAACAAAUUGCGUCGAUUGUUUGGAUCGAACGAAUACCGCUCAAUUUGCCAUAGGAAAGUGCGCUUUGGGGUAUCAAUUAUGCGCACUGGGAGUAAUCGAUUCGCAAAAGUUAGAAUUUGAUUCAGACUGCGUGAGAAUGCUCGAGGAAUUGUACGAGGAUCAUGGCGACACUCUGGCGUUACAGUACGGUGGCUCUCAGUUGGUUCAUCGAAUUAAAACGUAUAGAAAAACGGCACCCUGGACGAGUCAGGGCAACGAUAUCAUGCAAACGCUAAGCAGAUAUAUAAGGAACACUUUCAGCGAUCAGGAAAAGCAGCACACGAUGAACCUUUUUCUGGGAUUAUUCAUACCCGACGAGAGUAAACCUCCUAUAUGGGAAAUGGUCACAGAUUAUUAUCUUCAUCACAAGCCCGCUUGUCAGUACACCAGAAGGAAGAGAUUGUUGACCCAGUGGUGGGACAAAAACGUAUUGAAGUGUCUCCCCUACGCUUUCAAUCAAGUUACCAAAACUUGUUCCGAAAUGGUUCAGGUCCAAGAUACCCACGAAGAAAUGAUCGAUAUUUUUUACGAUUAUCACAGGCCUUUUGAAAUAUCACCUCUGGGAGAUGUUCACGCCUAUCAGUUGAGUCAUUCGGUCAGAGAUUUUAUGCCUCAUUUCACGACUAACGUCAGUCCGUUUGCCGUACGUGUUCGGCCAGGUCGUAGAAGAGAGGAAACGGGAAAAAAAAAUUUGAACAUGAAAAAUCCAUCGAUGACGGGUCAAAGUAGUACCAGCAGUACGGCAUCGAGCGCAAGUUCGAGCGUCGACACGAGUUCUGACGAUGACGAGAGCAAUCAACAAAUGAACGAUUCACAAUUGACGAGUUCACGUGACAGUGGCGAACUCGUGUCCUUCGAAUCGUUGUUCCCAUCGAUGAAAGAAAUUUAUGGUACUACACUCGAGUUCCCCAGACGAGCUGACAUUACGCUUUACAAAAGAUUCGUCGUGAUUGGACGAAAUGCCACGUACAAUACCGAUCAUUCGAACAUCCGUUCGAAAAUGGUUCAACAAGUGUCAUUUCCCGAUACUAUUCCAGCAAAAAUCGAAUUACCUGUUGUCAAAGAUGCUAGCAUCGAUAUUUACGAACAAUACGUGCGAAGAGCGGAGCGUCUAUCAAUUUCAGAGUGGCGCCUCGCAGCCCAGUUCGACGAGCAUGGAUUUAUAUGAGCAAUAUGCGCACCAACAACAACUUCUCCUUGGCAAAAUAUGAUUGGAAUGUUCAUAAAGAUUCACCGUAGGCAAAUCUUCUUCCUUCCGCUCUUAGACCUCAUACCUCAAUUACUAUUGUAACUUCAUUGAAAAUAUUUUGUUCGACUCCGUCUCCGUACCAAGGCAGUCUCAUCAUUAAUUAGGAAAAUAUUAAAUCAUCUUUCGUGUUUAAAAAACACGAAUAUUUUCAUUCGUGAACUCGAGAGUCUCUUCGGACUAUGUAAUUGUAUGUUUGUUGUAAAUAUAUGUUGAAAGGAAA